AUCAAUAGUAUUCUGUUACUAAAAUUAUGGUAGGCCGUCGAUUUCUACGGUGGAAAACGCCAAGCUAAGAGAAAAUUUGAAACUUUUAUCAUCUCCUUCUCUCUCUAGUCUCUGCCUCUUAUCCCUCUAUUGUGCUGCCAUCAGUUUCUUUGCAUAGAGUGAGAGGAGGGGACAGAGAGAGGGAGAAGUGAAAGGGAGUCAGAGCGUUACGCCGCCGGCGCACGGUAGCACUGGACUCUGCCUCUUUUUUCACCGAUUCUGAGCUUUGGAUUCUUACUCCAGAUUCAUUAUUGUGAGCUAUGGCGGACCUAAAAGGAAUCUUAUCGUUCUUCCAGUCCUCACUGUCUACUCUCUUAGCAGAUCGGCUCGAUUUCAAAUAUAAAAAGAAGAGGAAGGGGAUUUACAGUAGUAAGAUGCUUUGGGCAAUGCGAUUUUCAGGGUUCUUUUCAGCCGCAAUAUUGAUGAUCAUUCUCUCACCAUCACUCCAGUCGUUUCCUCCCGCUGAAGCCAUAAGAUCGUCUCAUCUAGACAGCUAUAUCUGGUUACCGUAUCAGGCGUCUACAUCACAACACUCAUCGAAGGAUGAGUUUUAUUUUCGGAAAGCCACCGGGUUUCGUAAUGCAGACGAAUGUGGCUCCACCGACAACAAAAUCACAGGCGUCUGCGAUCGUUCUUUAGUCCACGUGGCCGUCACUCUCGACGUGGUCUACCUCCGUGGGUCAAUCGCCGCUGUUCACUCCAUUCUCCGGCAUUCAUUGUGCCCGGAGAACAUUUUCUUCCAUUUCCUCGUAUCGGAGCCCAGUCUGGAUACCCUCGUUCGGUCAACGAUCCCCCAGUUGAAGUUCAAGGUCUACUAUUUCAAUCCCGAGAUUGUACGGAACCUGAUAUCGUCUUCCGUUAGGCAAGCGCUUGAACAGCCGUUAAAUUAUGCUAGGAAUUACUUAGCUGAUCUUCUAGAGCCAUGCGUACGGAGAGUGAUUUAUUUGGACUCUGAUCUAGUCGUCGUUGACGAUAUCUCUAAGCUGUGGAGCACCAAUCUGGGUCCACGUACAAUCGGGGCACCUGAAUAUUGCCACGCGAAUUUCACGAAAUAUUUCACGGGCGGUUUCUGGUCGGACCAAAGGUUCUCGGGGAUUUUCAGAGGGAGGAAGCCGUGUUAUUUCAACACGGGAGUGAUGGUGAUUGAUCUGGUGAAAUGGAGGCGGGUCGGGUACACGAAGCGGAUAGAAAGAUGGAUGGAGAUUCAGAAACAUCACCGGAUCUACGAGCUUGGUUCGUUACCGCCCUUCUUGCUGGUUUUUGCGGGACGCGUGGCGCCCAUCGAGCAUAGAUGGAACCAACACGGGUUGGGUGGGGACAAUGUGAAGGGAAGCUGUCGAGACUUGCAUCCCGGUCCGGUUAGCCUCUUGCAUUGGUCCGGUAGCGGUAAGCCGUGGCUAAGGUUGGACUCCGAUCGGCCGUGUCCACUGGACGCAUUGUGGGCGCCUUAUGACUUGUACGGGCACGCGAGUUAAAAUCAAAGUUGAGGGAUAUAGUCGCCGGUUUCGGAAUAACCAUGGGGCUGUAAAUAUUUUGUUUAGUCGGUGGCAGCGGAUGAAGACCUGCGUGAACUUCCUCUGCACAUUGUUCCUUUCGGGACAUGUGUCAAGCCAGGCAAUAACCUUUAUGGUUUUCAUACUGCAAAUAAUUUGAUACAUACGACCAUACGUACAUUUGAUUCAUAAUGUUUAUUUUUUUUUAUCUCAACCAGACUAUUUGUGUGUAAUGGGUAGGGGACCCAGAUGUCAUUCUAGUGUAUGGAUAUGUUCAAAGAAGGAAUGGGACCCGAUUCUUUUUUGGCCCUGAGCCAGUUGUUUGAUUAUUAUCUGUAAAAUAUAACGAGUUCUAUAUCUUACA